UCUAUAAAUACAGCAAGACCGUGUCAUUAAAUUUACAGGAUAUCCCUCUCCCAAAUUCAGCAUUCAUAGUAUUGAAAUUAUUCUAUCAAUCUCUCUUGUUCCGUCUUAAAGCCAAAACCAUUAAUUAAGUUUGUGUCUUUUUCCAUUUGGACAACACACAUCGAGUUAUUAGAAUGAAAGAGUAUUGGACUUCUUUUGCAUCAAUUCUUGGUGUCUUUGCUUUUUGUCAAACCAUCCUCCAAACGGUGUUCCCACCAGAACUCCGUUUCGCUUUCGCAAAACUCUUCAACCGACUCUUCAACUGUUUCUCCACAUACUGUUACUUCGACAUAACAGAAAUAGACGGCGUCAACACCAACGAACUCUACAACGCCGUUCAGCUUUACCUAAGCUCUUCCGUUUCCAUAACCGGCAACCGUCUAAGCCUAACACGCGCUGUUAACUCAAGCGCCUUCACUUUCGGUCUCGCAAACAAUGACAGCAUCGUCGACACAUUUAACGCCGUUAACGUAACCUGGGAACACGUCGUGACUCAGAGAAAUACACAAACAUUUUCAUGGCGUCCAUUACCAGACGAAAAACGCGGUUUCACUCUUCGAAUUAAGAAAAGAGAUAAAAAUUUGAUUUUAAACUCUUACUUAGAAUUCAUAAUGGAAAAAGCUUGUGAAAUUCGAAGAAAAAAUCAGGAUCGUCUUUUAUACACAAAUUCAAGAGGUGGAUCUUUGGAUUCAAGAGGUCAUCCAUGGGAAUCUGUGCCGUUUAAGCAUCCAAGUACAUUUGAUACAUUAGCAAUGGAUCCUUUGAAGAAGAAAGAGAUAAUGGAAGAUUUGAUAGAUUUUGCAAAUGGACAAAGUUUUUAUCAUAAAACUGGUAGAGCUUGGAAAAGAGGUUAUCUUCUUUAUGGUCCACCAGGAACUGGUAAAUCUAGCAUGAUUGCUGCUAUGGCUAAUUAUCUUGGUUAUGAUAUUUAUGAUUUGGAAUUAACUGAAGUUCAUAAUAAUUCUGAACUUAGGAAACUUCUUAUGAAGACUAGUUCUAAAUCUAUUAUUGUUAUUGAGGAUAUUGAUUGUUCUAUUAACCUCACUAACAGAAAAAAAGACAAAAAUAAUGUUUCUGGUUCGAGGAGUUUUUAUGACUCGGUUGAAAUGCGAGGUGUUGGUGGUGGUGUUGGUGUUGGUGGUGGUGGUGAAGAAGGUGGGAAUUCAAUAACGCUCUCUGGGUUAUUGAAUUUUACUGAUGGGUUAUGGUCAUGUUGUGGGAGUGAGAGGAUAUUUGUGUUUACUACAAAUCACAUUGAGAAACUUGAUCCAGCUUUGUUGAGAAGUGGGAGAAUGGAUAUGCAUAUAUUUAUGAGUUAUUGUUCUGUUUCGGCUUUGAAGAUUUUGUUGAAAAAGUAUUUGGGUGUUGAAGAGGGUGUUGAUUUGGAUGAGAUUGUUUUGAAGGAAUUGGAAGAGGUUGUUGAAAUAGCGAAGAUGACACCAGCUGAUAUAAGUGAGGUUUUGAUUAAGAAUAGGAGGAAGAAGGAGAAAGCUGUUGGUGAGUUGUUGGAGAUUUUGAAGUCCAAGGCUGAGGAAAAUGUGAAAAAUGGUGUUCUUGUCCGAGGGGAAAAAGAUGAUGAUGAUGUUGAAGAGGAAGAGAAAAGGGCACUUGAUAGUGAUAGUCCUAAACAGGAAUCUGAGAUUGAAGAUAAUUGCAAGGUAGGAUCAGAGGAAGAAGAGAAGAUUAAGUGAUCAUAACAAAAGAAGCUUUGAAUUUAAUCACAUGGUUUGUGAAAUACAGGGGAGGGUAUUAAGAUACUUAUGUCUUAUUUCAAGUUUUAUUUAUUUUUUAGUAAUGGAGAUCCUUUAUUAUAUAAAAUAGAUAAAUAAAUAAUAUAAGUAAGAAAAUUUUAUUUGCAACUGGUUUGGUAUUAAGAUUUGUUCAUACUUUUGGUUUAGGUCUUUACAACCUGACUUAAUUGGGUAGCCAGCUGGGAGGUUGGUAAACACCUGGGAUGCACAUGGCAUGGAAAAGGCCAUUAGCUUGAUAGGACGNNUAGGGAAUAUGAGUGAUAAGUAGGGUAGCACUGUUACCUAGUAAAAUUGAAAUUUUGUUUUAGUGAUUAAAUUUAAUUCAUUUACUAUUUUUUGAAUUGAA